UCAUUCGUUGUCGGGCAGUGCCUUGAUAAAGUCAAGUUUGUUAUUAACAUCUGUUACAUGACUUGUUGUGAUUGAUAACAUGAUUGUUAUAAUACUACUGGUAUUUGUGCUAGUGUUUUAUUUAUAUGGGACACGAACAUUUAGUUAUUGGAAGAAAAAAGGUGUCAAACAUGAUCCACCGCUACCAUUUGUUGGAAACAAUUUAAAACAUUUUAUUCAACGUGCAAGUAUGUGUAUGAUGGCCACUGAAGUAUACAAUAAGUAUCCCGAAGAAAAAGUGGUUGGUUUCUACAGAGGGACUAGACCAGAACUAGUUGUUCGAGAUCCAGUUCUUUUUAAAAGAAUCCUCAUCACUGAUUUCCAUCAUUUUUAUUCGAGAGGGUUCAAUCCCCAUAAAACUGUUAUAGAACCGUUAAUGAAGAAUUUAUUUUUCGCUGAUGGAGACCUAUGGCGUUUGAUACGACAGAGAUUUACUCCUGCAUUUAGUUCAAGCAAGCUAAAAGGUAUGUUCCCUAUUAUUACCGAUCGAGCGGAAAAGCUUCAAUUACUGGCAGAGGACAUUGCAAAAAAGGAUUUUUACGAUGUAAGGGAACUAAUGGCAAGGUAUACAACCGAUUUUAUUGGAGUUUGUGGAUUUGGUAUUGAUAUGGAUACGUUGAGUGACGAAAACUCCCAAUUCAGGUGGCUUGGGAAAAGAAUGUUCCAAAGGACACUAAGAGAUGGUAUCAAUGGAGCUUUAAAAUUUAUAUUCCCUGAUCUCUGUAAGCAUUUGCGUUUUAUAGCACCAGAGGUUGAAAAUGCUAUCGUAAAUUUAGUCACUGCUAUAAUGAAGGAAAGAAAUUAUAAGCCAAGAGGCAAAAAUGAUUUCAUUGAUCUUAUUUUGGAAUUAAAACAGCAAGGAACGAUAAAAGGCGAAUCAAUUGAACAUAGAAAACCUGAUGGAACCUCAGAACUUGUUGAACUGGAAAUCAGUGACUUAAUAAUUAUAGCUCAAGUGUUUGUAUUUUUUGGGGCUGGAUUUGAGACGUCUUCUACGGCUUCGAGUUAUACUCUACAUCAAUUAGCCUUUAACCCUGACUGUCAAGAAAAGGUUCAAAUAGAAAUAGACAAGGUCUUAGCAAAACACGACGACAAAUUAACUUACGAUGCCGUUAAUGAUAUGAAGUAUUUAGAAAUGUGUUUCUAUGAAGGAAUGAGGAUGUUUCCAUCUGUGGGAUAUUUAAUGCGUAUGUGUGAGACUCCGAAUUAUAUCUUCCCUGAAAUAAAUUUAACAAUUGACAAAGAAGUAAAAGUGUUCAUACCAGUGCAAGCUGUACAUAGAGACGAACAGUUUUUCCAGAAUCCUAAUAAAUUUGAUCCUGACAGAUUCUGCAACGGAAUAAAGGAUAUGAAAUAUGUUUAUAUGCCUUUUGGAGAAGGUCCUAGAGCAUGUGUUGGUGCAAGACUAGGACAAAUGCAGUCCAUAGCUGGUUUAGCAGCCCUCUUGCAAAAGUAUUCGGUAGAACCAGCGGCAUGUAGCGUGCUUGACCCUAAUUCAGACCCAACGGGAAUUGUGACUGAGGGUAUCGUUGAUGGGUUACCGCUUAAGUUGAAGAAACGACAAAAGUGAUAAUAAAGUGAAGUGAAGGGUGAAAGAACAUUACUGGCGACCCGGUGAUGUAAUGGCUGACAAGCUCGUUCCAGCUUGUUAAAAGAGCUGCUGGUUCACGACCCAUAUGUCCGGCUAAGUAAUUAAUGCCAUCACAAAUCUACAAUAAGUCACGUCAAAAAAAAAUAUCUCUACCCAUUCGAGUCAGAAUUUUUCGACUUAAUUUUAUCUCCGUGAGUUUGCCUAAGCACAGAUGAGUGACAACAACAUUUUGAAAUAACAUUAAUUUAUAUAUAAUAAUUGAAAGCAAACAGUUUUUGGAACUGUGAAUGUAUUAUCUAAGUAAGUAAUAUUAGCCUCGUAAGUAAUCUUUCUAAAUAAUCAUAACUGAUCAAUACACCUAGGUUUAUAAUCAGGGAAAUGAUAGCAUACUAUCACUUAGUGGUUUUCCACAAUUAAUGCAUAAUGCCCAUAAUAUAAUUUAUUUUUUGUUAUAUUUUUGUAAAUGCUAUUUUGAACGUCGUUCUUGUGAACAAUACAUUACUCAAAAAACAAGACAAAAAAUUAACAACAUUUAGUUUUGGUUUAUGAAGGUGCCUUUUUGAAGCGGUAAUGCCCUCAAUGACCUUUCUGUCGCAGAUAUUGUCAGGACUAGUUUAGAAUAUUAUAAGGUUGCGUAUUUUAUUUAUUUAUUUAAGACAAUUUUACAAUCUAGUAUAAAAAUUACCUUGACUUUUGCUUACCAUAGAUAUAUCCAUUAGGUUGAUCCCUGGAUCGCCUUUUUCUCCUUUAGGACCUUGGGGUCCCGGUAUAGCCAAUGACCCCGGUCGACCCUAAACAGACGAAAAUACGAAAAUAGGAAUAUUAUUUAAAAUGGUAAUACCAUGACAACAUAAUUAGUGUAAUAGAUACCUACACGCAUACAUACGUAAAAGUAACUAAUGUAAUGAAUUUAAAUGAUUUUUGUUUUUAUAGCAUUCACCCGUGCCUAGGGAAGCUCACGAAGAGAAAAUUAAAUCAAAAAUAUUCAACUUUGACGAUACACAAAUCGAAAGAAUUUCACACAGGAGGGCCCGGUGGUGUAAAAGAUAACAUGCUCAUCCCGGCUUGACAAGAGCUCCGGUCCAAGUUCCGUCGGAUUCAGAUUUUUUUUCGAUUUAAUUUUCUCUUUGUGAGCUAGUGUUUAUAGUUGAAGAAGACCUCAUUGAAGCAAUUCGAUGUAACAGUUUUUUUGAAUCAAUUGUUUCAAUGUGGCCAGUUUUGAGGACCGGUUUUGCCCAUGAAUUGUUAAUCCUUAGAACACAUAAAUCUUUGGUCGAAUUUACGGGAAUGAUAAGCAAAUGAAAUUAUGUUGGUUAAACGAAGAAGCUAAGAAGUGUAUUGAUUUCGUGUAUUUGUGAUACAAUUUCAAGUUGCUAAUAUAAAAGGGGGCUAUUGGGUUGGACAAAGCUCAAAGUUCAAAGAUGGGUGUGGUGGACCGUGUAGUGCCGAUGCCGUGCUGCUAUUGGCUUGAUAAGUCGACAAGGUUAACUUGAUAAGGAGAUCCUGCAGAAAACGUGACAGCUACAAAGCCACUAUUACCGUCAUUUAUUAAGAUGUUGUGGCAAACGUUGAUGAUAGUGACAGAUGGGCAACCCAUCGCUUAUCAUAACAGUCCAACAUGUCAGAAAGGGCACAAUCCUUCUGUCGGUCUUUGUACUGGAAACGGUCCGAUUUCCACACUCUCUAAUUUUUUUUUUUUUUACUAAUGUAUAGCUCACGAUAAUCUUUUCACGUCGCAGUGUUCAUUUAAUUAGGACGGGUUAUACAUUUGCUAGGCCCUCAAAUCUAGUUACUCACCCCCCACCCAGAGCUGCCUGAUUCCCCUUUAUCUCCUGGCCUUCCUGGCGGACCAGGUAGACCCUGCAAGCCUUGAAGUCCUCGGGGGCCGGGAGGGCCAGGCCGACCUCUUCUACCUCGAGGCCCUGUAUCUCCUUUGUCACCCUGAGAAAGAUUAUUUGAUUUAUUUGGAAUCAUGCGCGGAAUCAUUUACCCAGGUAUGUAAAUAAUUACUGAAUUGUAAACUACACAUGAUAAAUCAAAGGUGGUUUCUCUAGUACUUACCUAAAUGUCUCAUAUCAAAUAAUGAAUAUUAUUUAUUUAGCUUGAAAAAAAUAUAUAUUAUAAUGUACCUGUUUUGUUUUUUCAAGAUUUUGCUUUUUAGUGAAAAUACUUUGUCCUGAGUAACGUUAAAAAUGAUUACCAAAAUUCAAGUUCUAAUCAAACCUUAAUAGGUAUUAGGUAAUAUGAGUCAUAAUGUAAGUAGCUAAUAAAUUGUUCAUGAUCCUACCUUGACAGUGAUUAUAUCGCUACCACUUGAAGUAAUGCUGACUGGACCGGGGGGGCCUCUUUCUCCCCUCUCUCCUUUGAGCCCAGGGGGCCCAGGUGGGCCCGAGGUGCCCGGCAUUCCGGAAGGCCCAAUGUCCCCUCGUUGUCCCGGCGUGCCAUCAUUGCCUGGUACACCGGGUGUCCCAUCCAGACCGCGGAUUCCUUUUUCGCCCUGGUCAAAAAACUAAUGUAUUAAACUCUGCUAGCUUAUUAAGUACUUUGUCUCGACGCAAUGCAUUGUAAAAGGAGAGGUAAAUUAUUUAAAAAUAAAAAGUAUGACUUUACAAAAAUGUACUAAAUACUAAACUACACACUACUGUAUGUGUAUACUACUAGAAAGAAACAAUUUUGGUAUACGUAGUAUAUUUUUUAAGAUUUUGUAUUACCAUUAUGCGAUUUGCGUACAAUUUACUUACUUUUUCACCUUUAUCCCCUUUAGUCGCCAAAGCCGGUAUUUGUCCUAAGGAAAAAAAAUGCGGCUUAUUAAAGAAAUUAAAAAUAAGGAAAAAUGUUGAUUAAAUAAAUUAUAAUCCAAAAAUUGUAAAGAAAUAAAUACAGUUAUUUUUAAGUCUUUA